CCCUCCUCUCCUCUCCCGUCCGGGUGGGUCCAGUCAGUAUUAGAUGGCAGGGUGGAGGGAGUGGGCGGGGUCGAGAUGAGUGCUGACCCGCUAUUGGAGGAGACCCUCAUGAAGCGGUCUCAGCAGAAGAGAUUAACUUCACCGCUGAACUACAAGGAGCGAGUGUUCGUCCUCACCAAGACCAAGCUCACAUACUAUGAGUUCAGAGCAGAGAAGAAGUUUAAGAAGGGAUCCAUCGACCUGCAGAAAGUCAGGUGUGUGGAGAUCGUGAAGAAUGGAGGAGGAGUCGUACCCUGUCAGAACAAAUACCCCUUCCAAGUGAGAUUGAUCGGUUGAUUGAUCAAUAUUGAG